AUGUAUUUCGUGGCGAACAAAAUAACAGUCGAUUUGAAAUUACCGCCAUUAAAAGUGUUAAUCGGGGACGAAGCUUACGAGUUAUUGUCGACUUCAACGAGUCCAAGAAAACCGUCAGAACUAUCGUACAAGGAGGCCUUUGAUAUAUUACAGAAACAUUUACCACCAAAACCGUCGGAAAUGGCCGAGAGAUAUAGAUUCGAUAGUCACAUAGGAUUUUGGGCGGGAAAAAUUGACAUGUACGAUCACACCAAUCAAGAACAGGGAUAUUGGGGUUUCGACUUUAGAAGAGGUUUUUUAGCAGCUCAUGAUUUGUUUGGACAAUAUGCGACUGAUAUAUACACAAAUGAAGCCGUAAAGAUAAUAAAUUCCCACAACAACAAUGACCCACUGUUCCUCAUGGUGUCUCAUUCCGCCGUGCACAGCGGCAACCCGAACGAACCGAUCCGGGCGCCGGAAUCUUUACUGGCCAACUUUACACAGAUCAAAAACUUCCAAAGACAGAAAUUUGCUGCCGUGUUAUCGAAGUUAGAUGAAUCGGUGGGUAAGGUAGUAGAAGCGCUGCAAAAUCGUGGACUUUUGGAAAACAGUAUCAUUGUCUUUACCACUGAUAACGGAGGGCCCGCCGCGGGUUUCAACGAUAACUGCGCGUCAAACUACCCUUUAAGAGGUGUAAAAAAUACUUUAUGGGAAGGUGGAGUAAGAGGCGCUGGUCUGUUGUGGAGUCCUCUCAUCGAGAAGAGAGCGCGCGUCGCCACACAAAUGUUUCAUUUAGUGGACUGGCUACCCACACUGUUGCACAUAGCGGGAAUGAAUAUCAGUGCGAUCCAAGAUAUAGAUGGAAUAGAUCAAUGGGAAGCUCUUUCAAAAGAUCUCAAAUCGGAGAGAGUUUCCGUUCUUCACAAUAUUGACGAUAUUUUCGGGAGCGCUGCUCUCACAGUAGACAAAUGGAAGUUACAUAAAGGUACGAAUUACAAAGGUGCGUGGGACAGUUGGUACGGGCCCAGCGGUCGAGAAGGGAGGUACGACUCGCGCGCCGUGAACAACGCGCGCGCCGCUCGGGCCGUCAGCGCUCUGGGGCUGAUGCCGGACAGCGACACUAUACUGAAGCUGAGAAAAGAAGCGACAGUUGUGUGCAACAAUAACAACCAGAUACCGUGCAACCCGCUGAAAGCUCCUUGCUUGUUUGACAUCGAACAAGACCCUUGUGAAACGAGAAACCUUGCUGAUAGCGAACCGGAAAUUUUAAGAAACAUGUUAAAUCAAUUAGAGAAGAUAAACAGAACAGCCGUUCCUCCGAAUAACAAGCCGUUGGACAGUCGAGGUAAUCCAAAGUUCUGGGGACACUUGAUUACGAAUUUCGGAGAUUAUUCCAAUUCAUAUGCGGACACACUUUGUUAA